AUGCACAAGACGGGCACCACUGAGUCUGGCUCCCAAGUGGGCGGCCAGGAGGGCUUCAAGGGGCCGUACGACCGCCCCUCUGUCACGGACGGCACUGCCCAGCGCAGCGGCAGGGGUGUGACGAUGGCUGGGUCUGGCGGCGGGCCCAUGCCUCAGUCCAUGGGCGGCAUCACAGGCAGCGACGUGGGAGGCACAGGCAAGGCCGCGCAGCCCAGCCACCACACGCAUGCGCUGAUGGGGACUGAAGGCCUGGAAACCCAGCAAGAAAGCUAUGGCGGCGCCAGCGGCGUUGCGGGCCGUGCAGGCGAUUACUCUGGCAGCCGCUAUGGCGGCGGCAGGGAGCAGGAGGAGACAGGGAUAACGGGGGCCAGCGGGUUUGGGCAUGCCACCCCAGAUGCUGCCGGGUAUGGAGGCAAGGCGCACGCCACUGGCAUCCAGGCCGGCGCCGACACGGGCUACAGCGCCGGGCUGGGCAACACCGGGGCGCAGGGCGCCGGCGCCAGCGCCGAGACAGCCCACUUUGCCACGGGGGGCAAGGCUGGGCUGUACCUGGCAAACGAGCAUGUGGACCCGUGA